UUCCGAGGCAACCCAAAAGCGGCGACUCCCCCAGACGCUUCGGUGAACUUGGGGAUCUCAGUCAACGCAAGGGAAGAAAGGCACUCUGAAAGAAGAGCAAGAGCAGGAAACUCUCUGUAUUUGUCUUCGUUCCUGCAAGUGAUCCUUAGAUCCCCAACGCGUCUGAUUUAUCCUAGUUGUUGGGCUUUCAGCCUCCUUUUGCCUCUUCUCAAGAUGGAGAAAAUGUUACCUGCCCAAGAAGCUGCCAAAAUCUAUCACACCAACUACGUGAGGAAUGCGAGAGCGAUAGGCGUGCUGUGGGCAAUAUUCACCAUAUGCUUUGCCAUCAUCACCGUGGUGGUCUUUAUACAGCCUUACUGGAUUGGGGACAGCGUUAACACCCCCCAAGCAGGGUACUUCGGCCUGUUCCAUUACUGUAUAGGCAACGCUCUGACCUCAGAGCUCAUCUGUAAAGGCAGCGUUUUGGACUUUGCCUCCAUCCCGUCGGGAGCUUUCAAGACAGCCAUGUUCUUCGUUGGAACGUCCAUGCUGCUGGUUGUCGGCUGCAUCGUCUGCUUCAGCCUCUUCUUCUUCUGCAACGCCGGCAGCGUCUACAAGAUCUGCGCGUGGAUGCAGCUGGCGUCUGCUGUUACCAUGGUGAUGGGCUGCAUGAUCUACCCGGACGGCUGGGACUCUCCCGAGGUGAAGCGCAUGUGUGGCGAGCGCACGGAUAAGUACACCAUCGGGAACUGCACGGUGCGCUGGGCCUACAUCCUGGCCAUCAUCAGCAUCCUGGACGCCCUCAUCCUGUCCUUCCUGGCCUUCGUCCUUGGCAACCGGCAGGACAAGUUGCUGCCUGAUGACUUCCAGGUGGAGGGCGCAGAAAAUGCCUGAGUGCCAGGGUUUGAGAGGGGGGCUUGGAAUCCGGAGAUACGUCACCACGGUGUCAUCCCUGCAGAAGCCUGAGAGGCGUUCCGUGAUGCAGGCGACACGUUCAGGUGGCUCACACCUCAGCCAUCUCAAGGGACCAACAGAGGCGCCAGCUUUACAGCUUUAUGCUUUAUUUAGUGUGCUUUCAAUGUUUUACAGAAGGGCAGCUGGUUGGACCAUAUCCCAAACUCAAUGAUAUGCGGGUGUGAAUCUGUGCCUUUCCGGCUGUAUCCAGGCUGUUAUAAAAAUGGUGGUGUUGUCCACAGCUGUUGAAGGAAACUCACUACAAUCACAGUGUUCCAUUAUAUAGAGGGAGACAUUAAGGAAGCGGCACCAUUUUGAUUGUACAUUCAUACAGUGUGUGUGUGUGUGUUGCCAUUUUCCAUUCAUAGAGUGUAUUGCUGUUUACUUCUGUGUUGCUCUAGGUGACCUGAGUGAUUCCCUACACAUCGUCGAAACGUAACUAUGUAAAUGUGUUUUAUGUGACAGAAAAUUCUUAUCAAAGAUGCCCAUUAUGGAAUUUCUUAAUACAGGCAUAUUCAAGUCCAGUGGUCUCAUCACAGUUCAAAGGAUAAUACAACAGUCAGAAAUCAUGGAAAGCUGUUAAAACUGGAAUCAAGAAAAGAAAGCUGAUAAUUUAACAGAA